AGUGUCAGGCAAGAACGCUCAUCGCUAAUAUUUUCUGUAGUUCGGGUGGCUUCAUUGGUGACAAAAGAUUUUCAACUAAGAAAGCCCAUUAAAUUAAAUUAAAAUACAAUAAGGAACAGGUAAAAGCAUCAAAAAAGCGGCAGGAACAUUGUAAAUACAAGCUGCGGACUCAACGGCGAUAGCAAACCAACACAAAACCCGUGGGCCACGCAGGGAAAGCAACUUAAUUUGACGAACGCAAUUCGUUUGACGGCGGCACUCACAAACACACAUUCACAAACACAAACACACACACUCAAACACACACACACUCAACCUCACACAUACAACUUUAACACGAAGCCGGAGCCUGCUGAUAAAAUUUGUGUGUGGCCUGGUGAGGGAGUGAGAGAGACAGAGAGGGAGAGGAACUGGACGUUGACUGACGCCUGCAGCUGCAGCGGCAACUGGCUUUUAGAAAAUCGAGGCGAGAACGAGCAGCACGAGCUUGAGGGGCAUACAUAGCGCAUGGGCGUCAGCAUGGAGUUGGAGGAUUCACGCAGCACGUUCCGAUCGACGUCUGAAUCGCCGUCAAAUUCGUGUGCAACAACGCCCAUCAAGGAAACGGCCGGCGAUGAUGAUGAAACGAUGAAAAGUGCACAAGCCUCCGGCGGACGCAACUCAGCGGCCAGCUCACGUUCCAGUCACAGCGAUCGCUCCAAGACAAAAAAGAAAAGCUCCAGCAGCAGUGACAGCAGCAGCAGCGGCGGCGGUUCCAGUAGCAGCAGCAGCAGCAGCAGCGGCUCAGAUAGCAGCAGCUCAAGCGAAGAUGACGAUGAUGACGAUUCAAGAAAACCACCAUCUUCAGCUGCAAUGGCCGCUGCGGCAGCGGCAGCGGCAGCUGCUGCUGUUGCUGCUGGCAACGUUGCCGUUAAAGUUGAUGCCGAUGGUGAUGGCAGUGGCAAUGGCGAUGGCGAUGUUGAUGCUGAUGCCAAUGUCGAUGCCGAUGUGGAUGCCGCCGCCACGACGGAAACCGUGUCUUCCAAGAAAUCACAGUCGAGCUCGGUGCGGAGUCGAAGCAACAGUCGAGAGCCGAUAUACAAUCAGGCGGCAGUUGAUCUAAACAUCAGCCACGAGGAUCUCAGUGAUGUGAGCGACAUUGAUAUGGAGAGGCAGGCCCAGUCGAAAAACUCCAACUCCAACAGCGCCAAAGCAAAUCAGGAUGAGGAGGAGGAGGGCGCCAUUUCCGAUGACUCGCUGCCGGCUGUGCGCGAUUCGCCGACACUCAACGGCAAAUCACGCAUUGAGAAGCAAUCAACAGAAAAUUCAAAGGACUCCAAGGACUCGGAUGGCACAAAUGGCUUGGAUGAUUUGGUUAAGCCACCGCAUGAUGACGACGCGCUUGACUUUGAGGCAGAGGAGGGUGAAUGUCCAGAGCUCGCCGGCAAGUCGGAGGCGGAUGCGGAGACGGAUGCGGGCGCCAAUUCAUCGGCCACAGCAGCGAAUGGUGGCAAUGAACUAAACAAAAAUGCUGCCAGCCAGUCACAGUCAUCGCCGGCAAAAGCUAAUGACCAUGAUGAUGUUGUCGUGGUGGUCGACGACGAUGGCGAUGGCGCGGUUGCCGGCGGUGCGGAGUGUGCCAAAAAGAAGAAAAAGGACGAGGAACUGGAGGAGGGCGAGGUGUCCGACGAGGAUGAGAAGCGACCCGAGGAGACAGAACCGAAGCCCGUCUGCCGCUUCUAUACGCGCGGCCAGUGUACCUGGGGCAUGAGCUGUCGAUUCCUGCACCCGGGCGUCACCGACAAGGGCAACUACACAAUGUUCGAGAGCCUGGUGCGCUCGGUGCCAAUGCAAAGCGGUAGCGCCGGCGGCGUCGGCGGUGCCAGCAGCUCAUCGCGUGCCCCCAGCAGCAGUGCCUACAACAGUCACAUGGCCGGCGUGACGGCGGCCGGCGGUGACUAUCAUGACUAUCGUACCGAGCGGCCAGCAGCGUUGCAUCAUCGAGCUGCCGGUGGACUGCAUCAUGCCGGUGGCAUCUAUGCGGGGGUCGGUGGCGCCACCGGGCAUCAUGAUGCGCGCAGCGGUCUGCUAAUGUCCGAGGUGCCGGUGGUAGUGGAGAAUGCGUGGGAACGUGGCCUGCGCACCGCCAAGGAGAUGAUGCGCAAGGCGAACAAGCGCAAGGAGCAGGACAUGGACUUUGAGGAUAAGAAAAUGAAUCUGACCCUCUCGCCCGAUGAGCUCGAAAAGGAUCCAUAUUAUCUCAAGGAGCGCGGCAAUUCGCCGAGCGUUGCCCGCGAAUUGCCGCCCAACAAUCCCAUCAGCCAUGGCAAUCCGCGCGCCCUCCUGCCCCCCGUCUACUCGAUGUAUGGCCAGCCGCCCGAUCGCUAUCGUGCCCCAUAUAUGCCGCCCGUGCCGUACGAGGUUGUCGACGUCUACGGGCGGAUGGCGCGAUAUCGCGAAUUGCCGCCACAUCGGAUGCCACAAUACGAGGACGAUCGUCGGCUGCGACCCGCACGCGAGGUAAUCGUGCAGCGCGUCGAGGCAGUUGCACGCGGCGAUGAGUGGAGCGAUCCAUGGAUGCGUUCCAAAUCGAUUGGACGCGGUCCCUCAUACGAUCGGGAUGAUCGACGGCGCCCACGUCGCCGCAGCUACAGCAGCAACUCAUCCUAUUCCAGCUCGAACAGCUCACAGAGCGAUUCCAGCUCCGAUUCGUCGCGCUCCAGCAGCGCAUCGGAACAGAAGCGUCGCUACUCGCACAAGCUCAUGUCCGGAGCAGCAUCGCGACGCCAUGCGGCCGGACGUGCUCGCUCGCCCAGCCAAAUACCUCGACGUCCCAGACGUUCGUCAAAGGGCAGCGCAUCGUCUGCGUAUAAGCGUUCCGCACUGGAGAAGCGCCUCGCAGUCGGUGGCACACACAGUCCUGCGUCGAAGCGCAAGAAACUCUCGCCGGCACCGAAAAAGUUUGACAAGAUACGUCGUCGUGGCAGCUCCAGCUCAUCGGAUUCAGCUGAUUCGUCAGGCACAUCAUAUUCGGACUCGGAUUCGGGCUCAUCGUCGUCGGAUAGUUCGUCGGGUUCGCGCGACACGCCACAGAAACGUGUGCGUGCCACAGACAAAGCUCUCAACGAGCGCAAACUAAUCAAAAAACCUUCUGAACAAUCGGCCAAGAAGCGAUCACCCAUUUCCAUCGAGAUUAAGAAACCGUCAAAUAUGGUGGGCGUAUCGGCGCUAGCAUCUCCGCCGGCCCAUUCGCCCGCUUCCGAUAAGGAGAAGGACAGUGCCAAGGAUAAGGAGAAGGAUAAGGAUAAGGACAAGGAUGGCAAGAAAUCGAGACGGGAGGAUCUGCUCAAGCAGCUGCGCGCCGUUGAGGAUGCGAUCGCAAAGAAACGCUCCAAAUUAACCUGAUAACAUACGAUCCACCCGAGUCCACCCACCAUCCUCAAUCGCAGCAACCGCACCGCUCCCGCUUCCCACUGGCAAUGCCGAGCGCAUCUCUCCAAAAUGCCUAUAUGUUACUGUUGACCUGCCUGGCCUGGCGCACAGCAAAGUGUGACCGGGGCGCGUGCAACUGCAACUGCAACAGCAACAGCCGCAAGUGCAACAGCAACAGCAACUGCAACUGCAACUGCAACUGUAACUGCAACUGCAACAGCAACUGCAUUAGCAUUAGCUUAACAUUAAGUAUAAAGCAUAUAUCAUUCAUAUACGAAUAUCUUUGAGGUCUUGGUCUGACCGCGCACAUUCUUCGCAUUGCGUAUCGAUUUUGUGACGAUUUUCCUUUAACUUAAACAAAUAAAUCAAACAAUUCAAAGCAUUUAGUUUUAACAAGUUCUUCAUCCACACACAUACACACACACACACACACACUUACAUUUACUACAAUUUACUUUUUUUUUUGCGUCUGGCUCCAGCAACCUCCUCCGCCAUUGAUUCUACAAUGACUACCUUUAACAAUUGUAUAAAUAAAAAACUCGCUUGAUUGCUGAAA